UAUCAAAUAUCAUCCAGUACUGAUGCUAUAAAUUUAUUUGCGAGGGAGAAAGGGGUUGAGAUCACGGGAGGCGGACAGGGAUCCAGCGGGAGCAACCUCACUAACUCAGGCCAGUCCAGAUCCUCCAGGGCGAGGGUGAGCACAGCACCCGCACCCACCAAAUUGAACGCACCCAACUUCCAACACAAACCAUCUCCCACGCACAGUGAUCCUCUCCACCAGUGACUGUCCAUCACCACCACCACCGCCACCCUGAGGUCUUCUUCCACCUUUGCGACGCUCUACGGCAGCCGCAUUGUACUUCUACUUCUACACCUUCUACUUCUACACCUUCUACUUCACUUCAUGUUCUUCUUUUGAUACCCCAUAUCCAACGUCCUGCGCUCCUAUUACUGUCCCCUCUUCUCUAAAUAAUCUUGGUCGUCCGACUGACUUGCGGUACUGCCAACUCACGCCCACGCCCGCACCCACGCUCACGACGUUCAUACCCCAUCCCAUCCCAUCCCAACUGGCAGCAAUCGGUCCUGCGCCAUAAUACACUGACUGGCCCUCCGCAUCACCCAUCGCCAUCUUCCGAAGUGUAAAAUACCAUUGUUAUCUACACCAUCAUUUGUACGUGCCCCCUCCCCCACACCGCAUCAAUCCCAUGCGCAACCUCCACUGGCGGGGCGGAAUUGCGCCUUGGAGGUUGAUGGUGCAAGGCAGCCAGCCACCAGCCAAAAGGGAAGAUCAAAUCGCAUCUCGCAUCACACCGCUGACGACCUGCGUCCAUUAGGCUGGAGCAUCAUCUUGACGAUUCACGAAGCGAUUAGAUCUGAUCUUUCACAUCAGCGAUACGAUACCUUAUACGGCGCCUUUGUUUCGGUUACAUAAAUUGCGGUUUUCUAGCGACACAAUUGGCCUACUUGCAUGACCAACCAUCGGUACAGCUGCUUGAUAUCACAAACACGCUCUCGAUCCGCCUCCGAGUCACCGGUGGCAGACGAGACCUCAUACGCAGCUCAAGAUGUUUUGGAGAUUUGGCGGUUACGCCAAUACUUCUACAAUUGAUACCCUUCUUGAAAAGGCCGAUGUCACACUCGAGGAAUUGCUCGACGAGGGUGAUCUCAUACAAGAGCUGAAGCAACAUAAUACAAAGCUCAUCGAGUAUUUGCGGGAGGAUAAAAUCCUGGAAAGACUACUCGAAUACGUUGUCGCUCCAAAAUUAGAGACCGCCUCGCCGGAUGAGCCCGAAACCGAUGUAAAGGACGAGGUAACAGAGUCGAAGGGCAAGGAGCCUUUGAGCUUUUCCAAGUCAAGUCUUUCAGAAGAUGGCGGGGACGAUGAGCGCGAGAAGAAGCGAAACCGGUACGCUUAUGUGUCCGCGGAAAUUCUCUCCUCGGAUAAUUGGUCCAUAUGUGAAGCUUUGAUAGAAAACCAAGCGCUUUUGCGCAAAUUCUGGGGUUUUCUGGAACUUACCCCUCCACUUGAUGCCCUCCAGGCGAGCUAUUUUACUAAGGUCAACGAGGCGCUUCUCGACAAGAAAACCGAAGAGAUGUUGGAUCUGUUCAAGUCCCUGGACGGCGCGGUAAAAAAUAUGUUACAGCAUGUUGACUCUCCUAUGGUGAUGGAUUUGCUACUUAAGAUUAUCAGUUUGGAAAAGGCCGAAGGUGGCCAGGGGAUUGUUGACGUAGGGUUUUGUUCUCCUGAGCCUACCAUAAUAUGCUGACUUUUUACUACAGUGGCUUCACUCCCAGGAUUUGAUGCCAAUUUUGCUUUCUUUCCUAUCAUCCGAACACUCUUGGGCAACACAAACUUCAGCUGGUGAUUUUCUCAAGGCCAUUAUUACUAUAUCUGCAAAUGCUUCUCAAAACGAACAAUCUUGCAUUGGCCCCAACGAAUUGACGCGUCAGCUCGUCUCACAGCGAUGUAUCGAAAAACUAAUAUCAGACAUGUUAAGAGGAGGGAAUCCACUGACUGUCGGUGUCGGUAUCGUAAUCGAGGUUAUUCGCAAGAAUAAUUCUGAUUAUGAUCCUGAUGUUGGGGCUGAAGCAAAUUCACUUCCUUCAAGUCGGGAUCCUAUCUACCUUGGGACUCUACUGAGGAUGUUUGCUCAACGAGUCCCCGAUUUUAUGGAACUUAUUCUCAGCCCAAACCACACGAUCGGUGGAGGAGAUGGUCCCGUGACAAUCAAGAGAAAAGAAUUGAGUGCAGCUUUUGGCGGCAAAAUCGAACCACUGGGCUUCGAUAGGUUCAAGACCUGUGAACUGAUGGCUGAGCUUCUCCAUUGUAGUAAUAUGGGUCUCUUGAAUGAAGUUGGUAGUGAGGAGUUUGUCAAGGCACGCGAUACUGAGCGAGAAAAGCUCAAGGCUGAGGGAAAGCUCAACCCACUAUCCGCCAUCCCAGGUUCAGACGAUGACCUUACUAUGAAAUCUUCUACGCAAACACGAUUGGGAUCUCCGGAGAGCUCUCGGAAACUCGAGGUGCAGAACGCUUCUGAUGACGAUGGAUUCGAGGAGGUUACACAUGCAGCCGAUCUCGGAGACGAUGCGAAAGACGACUUUGACGAGAAACCUGAGAUUGAUGACUUGCUUGCUUCUGUAAACUCUGGAACGCCAUUGUCCUUUCUAGAUAAAGACGACGACGAGUUUGUCGAUGAGCCUCUUACUUCGCCACGGCUAAAGACAGAAACAGAGACGCAUGAGCAACAUCCAAAGGAACCAGUGGCCCACACAGAAGAUGCUGCGGCAUCAAUUGACGCAACAAUGAAGGAAGAACCCAAGACGGACAGUGCUGUCGAGGAUUCGCCUUCUCCUAGGUCAGAGCUGUCAGCAAAGGUCGAGGCUUUCGAGAUCUCAAACGAGCCAGAAGCUAAAGUUUCGGAGGACAUCCUGAUGGUUGAUUCCCAUGUAGAAGGCAGUAGGAUUCAGGCAGUAGAGCCAGCUACAGUUGGUCCAGAAUCAUCCGAAGACUCUGCGGGUAUCGGGUCGUCAGAGACCGAACAAUCUAUCAAAUUAGAGCAAUCAACACCUGACUUGACGAUUUCACAGGCACCAAUGGAUGAAAUGCUUCAUAGCGAGGAGAUCCCAGCACCAUUGUUUGCAAAGAAAUCUGAUCCGGAGCCUGAGGCCAAAACUGAACCAGUAGCAGAUACUGCACCUCUGGUACCCCAGGGUAGCUCGAGUGCGGAAAGUAUGGAUACUACUAUGGGAGAGGCGGGAGAUAGCUCCAACUCGAUCAUGAUGGGUAACACCGAUGAACAUCUACACCACUCUCUGGUUGAAGCCCCUUCAAGACCUGUUGUUGGCGAUUUCUUGAAAAUGCAAUUUGUGGAGCACAAAGUCGUCCCAACUAUUUUAGUAAGUUGCAUUCUACAUACACAUCAAAUUGACAUUCAAGUCUAACAGCUGCAGGACUUUUUCUUCCGCUUUCCAUGGAACAACUUUCUCCAUAAUGUGGUUUAUGAUGUCGUACAACAAGUUUUCAACGGUCCCAUGGAUCGUGGAUUCAACCGAUCUCUCGCCAUUGAUCUUUUCGAAACUGGAAAUAUCACUAUGCGCAUUGUUGAUGGGCAAAGAAAAAGUGAUGAGGCUCAAGAGAAGAAUAAGAUGCGUCUCGGUUACAUGGGUCACCUGACUCUGAUUGCUGAGGAGGUCGUGAAAUUUACCGAGCGACACCCACCUGAGCUACUUUCAGAAUCAGUAUUAGAGAAGGUUAUGAAUGGGGACUGGGCUACAUAUGUUGAAGUUACGUUGGCAGAAACUCGAGAAAGAGAUAACGCCAUUCUUGGUGGGGUUCGACCCGAUAUGUCUGUUGGUCCACGACAGGCAGUUAUGAAUGCAGUUAAUGCAGCAAACAACUUCGGAGGGGCUUCAUCGGCAUUAACAGAAGCAGGUCUUAACGGUUCUGCUGGCCUUGACAGUAUAGAUCUUGCAAAUGGCAGUGGAAGUUUUGCCCUUGGAGGAACCUUACUCAGCGGAUUCGGAAGCUCAAGUGACGAAGAAGACGACGAAAUGGAUGAAGACAAUGACGAAGAAGGAGCAAGGAAUAGUGGCACUGCUGAAGUGGGUCUUUCUGUUCCUCCAGCCCCCAAUCUUGACAAAUUCGACGACGACGAAGUUGAUUAUGAGUACCUGGAUCAGCUUGAUCGCGAGAACCCUCUAUUUCCAGAGGAAAAAGUUCGCCAUCAAUGAUGCUUUGUUUCCUGUACAUUAUGUAAAGAAUCUUGUUUUUGGUAGUCUAUACCCAACCUCGAAUUCGGGUUCCAAAAUCAUUAUCCUGAACCUGUUUACUAUUGGCACUUGAUCUUUUGAGGACGUCUUUUGAUAGCCCUGUUUGAUUUGCUGUGCGGAAACUUUUUUUGUUCUCAUAUGACUUGCGAAUUGUGACGAUCAAAAUAUACUGACUUGGCUUCACUUAGUUUUCGCGGUAUAUAUCAACUCCAUCCACUACAACAGCUACGUCUGGAUCUGAAAUGGAACCCCCUUCUGCUCCCCCACCACCACCACCACCGCUAAACAUUCCUCCUUCUAGAGCUCGUCGACAACUCGCUGCUCGUCUUGCACUUCACAAACAAAACGCCGAGAAUGCCGAGAAUGGGGAUCAAAUUGACAGAGCUGACCAGAAUAAGAAUCUUGAUCCCUUUGCUGCUGACGAGGACGAUGACUCCGACAACGAUGAUGGCGAUUUCACCAUUGGGGAUCUAGAGGCUGACGAGGAGGGCAGGGGUCACUUACCAACAGGAACUGGACUGGUCGGCAGUGAGGAAUCAAUACUCGAAGCAGCGGCCAAGAAUGUGGGUGUUCUCCCUGAUGCGGUUGCUUUGCCCUCCAUCAAUCACAAGGCCAUCCGCGCCAGCUUCCCCUCCUUGUGGCCAUUUGGCAACAGCAUCCUCAGUAAAGGUCCGAAUGAUUUUGCAGUGGGCAGCGAUGGCACUGCGGAAUAUCGGAGCACAAGGAACCAUCUCAGAGGUGCUAAUGCUAAUGAUGGCGACCUACAGAGCUCAGACGAUAGCGAUGAUUCGGAUGAUGGAUUUGGAGCAGCAGGCUUUGGUGGCGAGCGUCAUGGAAGAGGCAAGAGAAGACUUAGUUCGACGACCGAGGCAAAGAGGAGAACCAGUUUAGAGGAUGACGACGAGGACGAAGUUGUACAUGUUGCAAUGGUAGAACCAGAGACCCUAAAGGAGACUUUUCCCGAAAGAGAGAAGGGGGAUGGGGAUGACGGGGAGCUGGUUGAGAUACAACAUGCGGAGAUGCAAGCUGUAGCAGGAGUAAGUGAGAAAUGAUCAUGAAAUGAAUGGAAUUUGUACGAUAGUGGCACGAACGACGAACGAUAUGGUGGAGUUAGAACGAGAGGUUUGGGGUUUACAAAUGUACAAUACACAUUGUGGUUAUACCAAGACGAG